GCCGCUCUCCCCAUCCCGCGCCCUGCCUCGACGGGUGGGGACCGUAAUACAUAAUAACAACCAUCAUCUUCCCCAGGCGAAGGCAAUAAUACCCCCCGCGGGCGCGGGGUGGGCGCAGAGCUGCCAUGAGACGCGGCGCGGCCCGGACCCUGCUGCUCAACAUGUACCUGCCAGACCCAGUUGGGGAAACUUUGUUCAAAGAAGGCAAAAGCCAGGCGUGGGGAUCACUGGGGCCGGGAGUCCAAAAAGGCAGUGGGCAGAUCCAGUUGUGGCAAUUUCUGCUGGAGCUGCUUUCUGAUCGUGCCAAUCUCAACUGCAUCGCUUGGGAGGGCACCAAUGGAGAGUUCAAACUCCUGGAUCCCGACGAGGUGGCCCGGCGCUGGGGGGAGCGCAAGAGCAAGCCCAACAUGAACUAUGACAAGCUGAGCCGGGCCCUGCGCUACUACUAUGACAAGAACAUCAUGACCAAGGUCCACGGCAAACGCUACGCCUACAAGUUUGACUUCCAGGGCCUGGCCCAAGUCUGCCAGCCAGCAACACCCGACCAUACCCUCUACAAAUUCCAGGCACCCCUGCCCUUCUCUGGCAUUUCCAAACUCAACAUCAUGGCCUCAGGGGUGACUCCAACCAGCUUCUCCUAUUGGCCAGGCUCUACCCCCACUCUGUACCCCAGCCACGGCUUGCAGCCUUCAGCGCCCUUCAGUGCCAUGGCAACCUCCCAUAUCAACAACAUGAACAGCCACUACCACUAGGCCUCUCACCACUGCAGGGCAAGGGGGAGGGAUGGGGAGAGAAGGGACGGCCCUCAGAUUUCAUCCUAAGACACUUCCCAUUUUGACCAAGGAGGCAACUGUGUGCAGCAGGGAGGGACACUGUAUUGAGACGACAUUUUAAGAUGGGCUGGAUCUCAGCAAAGGCGUUGGAUGAUCUAGGGGGCAUUUUGUGGGGGGUGAGCUCCCUCCCCAUUGAAUACAGGGCCCUUCAUUUUGUAGAGAACAUUUCAGCAAUGCUCCCAAUUUCUCUCUUUCUUUUUUUCCAACCCCCCUCCCACUAUAUUGAAAUGGCUUCAGAACACUCUUGUAUGUUUUGAAGUCUGGUCAUGGACAGGCGUAAAGACCAGCAAGGGCUCAGCUCAGCAACACACAUACAGUCACAUAUCCUGAGAGGUUGAUGAUGGAGGUGAGAUAGACUUUCAGGUCAAAGUUAGGCAUCCUUGUGAGGUGGGGAAAUGCUUCUCCUCCUUUUAAAAUCCUGCUGGACACGAAGCCCAUUCCCUUAGCUUCAGUGUCUUCAUCUUCCCUGGAUUAGAUACAUGGACAGGAAUCUCAUCCUAUCAGGAAUCCUGUACUGAACAGGAAUACAUUACAUAGCUGCCAUCAGAUUUAGCUGGCUGAUAAUGCCAACUGAGGGCAGUUGAAAUGGACGAAUGGACAUUUUCACAAAGGGGGAGGGAUUUCUUUUCUUAUUCUUUGCUAUUACCCGAAGUGCUGACAAAACCAAGUUUUGGCUCAUCCCUAUUCAAAAUGCAGUUCUGCAGAUACUUCCUUAACCCACAGGAAUUAAUAUUAAAGCAGGAGGACACAAAUAUUUGAAAAGAUGCGGCAUGGUGUUCCCCAAGCUCCAAGAAUUUAAAUGUAUCUGCCUGAGCCUGAGGUCUCUGAUCUCACAAACUAGUCUAGGCAUCAAAUACCCCUCUAUGAGCCCCAGCCUAAUUCUCAGCCCAGCUGGGCUUCUUCUUUGCCCCCAAACCAAAUCCCUUAAUGCUGAACACACACAAGAGUUGCUGCUUCCAUGCAGGCAGCACCAAAAUACAAGUGUGGUAAAAGUUGUCAAUGUAUAAAGUUUCAUUUUUUAAAAAUAGCAAGGCAAUAUAAUGGAAAUGAAACAUUUAAUGAAAUUCAUUCUUUGCCCACUCUAAGUAACUAUCAAUAUCAUUAUCAUCACCAUCAUUAUUAAAUGUAUUCAUAUCCCACCUUUCUCCCAAGUUGGGAUUCAAGGUGGCUUCCAACAUCUAAGAACAUCAUUAUAUAAUACAAGUAAUAUAAACUAGUUAAAAACAAUACUUAAAACACACUUAGAGCAGCAGUUAAAAUAGGGAACUACCAUGUAUUACAUCAGGAUCUGUUGCUUUAAACACAGUGUAGAGUUUGGGGGUGGGAGCUGUGGCCAAACACAUAUUUUUAUUUAUUUAUUACAUUUGUAUACCACCCUAGACGUACAGAUCUCAGAGUGGUAUACAAAUUUAAUAAACAAAUUUAUCAGUACAGCUGUGUCGUCUCACACAAUCUCGCACCCAAACUACCCAAGAGAGACACUAAAUGGUUACCAUUAUCAACAGGGCACACAUGAAACUUAAAGAGGCUUGUGCUUUAAAAAGUCGAAGCUACAUUGGCCAGAAAGUUCAUUUGCAUUUACAAAUGCCUUUCCUCUGUUUUCCGUGUGGAAGAGAAAUCCACUAGAGGCUCAAAUAGUGACAUGAGCCUCAUGUGUUAUUGGCAUUUUGACCUCUGAACCCUAAAAGUUAUAUUGAUGACUCCUGUUCAGCAUGGAAAUGCACUUCAAAUGGCAUACAGAGAUUCUUUUAUUUCAAUAAGUUAUAUACCAUUUAAUUGCAUAAUUUCUAAGCAGUGUACAAGAGGGAUAUGAUGGACACCAGAAAACCUGCCGGAAAAACUGAGAUGGUAGCUAAAGUCAAGAAAAUAGCAGUUGUCCUGGAAAACA